AAGGUGGCGACUGGGACAGGAACGGCGCGCGUGCUUCGUUAAACGACUUAUCGCUGUCGUCGGCGCGUGGUCGGAGACUCGUCUGCCUCUCCCUUCCCCUCCCGCGCGCUCUCGUUCUGUCCCUGUCGUUUGUGAGUGUGCACCAGUGGGGGAGGGGAGCGAAUGAGGAGCCUCUGCCCUCCGCCGGUUCAUUUUUGUAUUCAUCUCUUCCAUGGUUGCUGCUCCACCCCUCUGGCUGGAUAGCCUUUGCCUGUUUCGCCGGGGUCCUAGAAAAGAAAAAAGGCUCGCGGCGGAGGGGGUGGGAAAAAGGUGACGACCUGGCGGCGGUAGCAAAAGGCAGGCGGGCGGGCGGCUGAGGCCCAGAGGAGAGAAAAACGGGGAGCGGCGGCAACUGGAGAAAUUUUCGGCGUAGCCAUUGGAACCUCCGGGACGGAUUUGGGCUGUUCGGUGUGAAAGGACUGGAUUUAACGUGGUGUGCUGCUUGGCGGCGGCGUGGUGUGCGGGUUGCGCGGAGGGGAUCCUGCCGGCGCCCCCUCCCGCCUCGGCCGCCUGCAAGGAUAAUUCUGACCUAUCUGGACCAUGGCCGACGACGACGUGCUGUUCGAGGAUGUCUAUGAGCUCUGCGAGGUGAUCGGCAAGGGUCCAUUCAGUGUUGUGCGGCGAUGUAUCAACAGAGAAACUGGGCAACAGUUUGCUGUCAAGAUUGUCGAUGUAGCAAAAUUCACUUCAAGUCCAGGCUUAAGUACUGAAGAUCUGAAGAGGGAAGCAAGUAUCUGUCACAUGCUGAAACAUCCUCACAUUGUUGAACUUCUGGAGACCUAUAGUUCUGAUGGAAUGCUAUAUAUGGUUUUUGAAUUUAUGGAUGGUGCAGAUCUCUGCUUUGAAAUUGUAAAGAGAGCAGAUGCUGGUUUUGUGUACAGUGAAGCCGUAGCCAGGUAUGUUGUCUUACUUUAAUUCUGUGCUGGGAAGAAUGAAUAAUAAUUAACAUAUGUCUGAUAGCUAACACUAUAAGCAGCAUUAUUAUAAGAUAAUCAGUCCGGAAAACUUAUAUAGGUAGUCUUUGUUUAGAGACCACAGUUGGGACCAGCAACUCAGUCAUUAAGUGAAGCAGUCACUAAGUAAAACAGCAGCUAAGCUUAUGAUCCUACAUCAGCUUUCCUUUGCUUUACAGACCUGCAAAGAUAGUAAAUAUGACGAUUGAUUGCAAAGUUACUUUUUCAUCACUGAACAGUCACUAAAUGAGGACUACCUAUAUUCAAUAAGUAUUCUUUUAAAGAUUAAUACAUGUUGAAGAAAGAAACUAUGACUAGUAAUGUUUUAAAAAGCAAAAUAUGUUAUUAUUUUAAUUUUAGUUCUCAGUUAUUUUAAAUAAUUGUGAAAAGAUAUCUCAAAAGUUUAUAAUUAAAUUGUACUAUUAUUAGAUUCAUCAUUAUCAGUUACACUUCUAAAUCUCCAAUUAACAAAAGAACUUAAUCAAGGCAAAGUGAAGCACUUUUAAAUUAGGAGCAUAAGAGGCUAGGAUCUGACCUAGAUUUGAUUACUGUAUUUUUCGGAGUAUAAGACACACCU